CGAAGGUUCCUGAAGAUCCACUCGAGGCGUUAGGAUCUGGUUUCUCACGUCCUGAGACAAGCCAAUGCAGUCAGGGGGAAGAGAGACCAGCAGGAUGAAUGCUCACUGAGCCAGCAGCUGCACGCAAGCAACUUAAAAAUUAGACUUUGACAGCACAGCCAGGCUUUACAAAAAGAUCGUGGUGGUUUGAUUACCCACCUCCCACCCAGACACCAUGACAUCCUCUAUGCUCCGCCGACAGCUGAAGAACCUGGUCCAGAACUACUCUGAGGCUGAGGUCAAGGUGAGAGAGGCUACCUCUAAUGACCCAUGGGGUCCAUCCAGCUCUCAGAUGGCCGAUAUCUCUGACCUAACCUACAAUGUGGUGGCCUGCAACGAGAUCAUGACUAUGCUCUGGAAACGCCUGAAAGAUGACAAGAACUGGAGACACAUCCACAAGUCCCUGACACUGCUGGAGUACCUUUUAAAGACCGGUGACGAUCGUGUGCUUCUGAAAAUGAAAGACAACAUCUACAUCGUCAAAGCCCUCACAGAGUAUCGCUUUGUAGAAAAGGAUGGCAAAGAUCAGGGUGUGAAUGUGAGAGAGAAGGCUAAGGUUGUCCUCGUUCUAAUGGAGGAUGACGAGAAACUUAAGGAGGAAAGAGACUUUGCCUUCAAGACCAGAGAGAAGACGUCAAAAAGUUCUGCUGCCUCAUCCUCUGAUGCCGUCAAGGAUCCUAACUACAAGCCAUGCUACGUUGCCGGGGCCUCAGGGCUUCCAUCCUUAGACAACAUACCCUCGGUGGCUGACUUGACUGCUUCCUUUGCUGCCCGCAAAGAGGAACGGCUCAAACAGGAAGCUGAGAAGAAAGAUGCAGAGAGAAGGGCCAAGAUGAGUGAAGAUGAGCUGAAAUGGGAGGAUGCAGGCAAAGGCAAUGACGUUAAAGUUGAUGCUUGGGGAGGGGAAAAGGCAGAGGAGAAGGAGGAGGUGAAGCCAGACCCAUGGGGAGCCCCCAAAGAACCUAAAGAGGCCACAGAUCCAUGGGGCACACCCACAAGACCUGACACAACUGACACAGCAGCUAGCAGUGAUCCUUGGGUGGCUCCAAGUACAGCUGAUGAAGAUGCAUUUGCAGUACCAAAAACUGAUGAAGAUCCAUUUUCAGCGCCAAAAACUGAUGAAGAUCCAUUUGCAGCACCAAAAACUGACGAAGAUCCAUUUGCGGCGCCAAAGAAUGGAGAAGAUCCUUUUGCAGCACCAAAAGACGGACCCGAUCCAUUUAGUGCAUCAAAAGAUGACCCUUUCAACACCCCAAAAGACAGUUCAGACCCCUUCAAUGCACCCAAAGACGAGGAGGAUCCAUUUGCUGCUCCAAAAGAUAAAGCAGAUCCUUUUAGUUCGUCUAACAAUGAUCCAUUUAAUACACCUAAAGAUGAUCCAUUCAGUGCUCCAAAGGGUGAUCCUUUUGACAGCCCAAAGGAUGAUCCUUUCAACACCCCAAAAGAUGACCCAUUUAACGCCCCAAAAGAUGAUCCAUUUAAUGCCCCAAAAGAUGACCCAUUUAACGCGCCAAAAGAUGAUCCUUUCAAUGCCCCAAAAAAUGACCCAUUCAGUACCCCAAAAGAUGAUCCCUUUACAGCACCAGCAUCAACACCCCCUAAAGAAGACCCAUUUGCAGCACCAGCAUCAGAUGACCCCUUCAAUGCUCCCACAACACUGCCUAAAGAAGAUCCUUUCUCUGCACCAGCCAAACCUGCUCAAGAUGACCCUUUUGCUGCACCAAUAACACCACCCAAAGAGGAUCCUUUCUCAGCACCAUCUAAAUCUCCAGAAGAUGACCCCUUUGUUGCCCCAACAACACCACCUAAAGAGGAUCCUUUCUCUGCAUCAUCCAAACCUACAACAGAUGACCCCUUCGCUGCACCAACAACACCCCCUAAAGAGGACCCAUUUGCAGCACCAUCCAGUGCACCAAAAGAUGCCACCUCAGAUCCCUUCAAUGCCCCUCCAGUGAGCUCGCCCCAAGGCACUGCAGAUGCAUGGGGACCCCCUGCCAGCUCUCCACCUGCCACCGGGGAAGAUCCCUGGGGGACAUCCUCAGCAUCAAAGGAAACAAAGGCUGGAGAUCCCUGGGGUGAUGGGGCAAGCGCCUCCUCACCUGGUGAUAGUUCUGAUCCAUUUGGGGAUGCAUCCAAACUGGACAAUGACCCAUGGGGAGCCCCAGCUUCAGCUCCAGCCAGUACAGGUGAUGCAUGGGGUUCACCUGCUCCACCCUCAGCCUCCUCCCCAUCUAGUGACCCCUUUGGAGAUGGAGAAUCUAAAACUAAUGAUCCCUGGGGUGCACCGAGCAAUGCAACUAGCAAUGCCACAGGAAAGCGAACAAUGCAAGGAGAGGAGAUGUAUAGAAAGACUGCUUCGUUCUUGGGCUCAGCGGGGGCAUCGCUGGUUGACUUGGACGAUCUGUUUUCUUCUAACCCCAAACCCAAACAACGCCCCUUCAUCAACACACUCGCCGCCCAGACACAAGCCGUCGGCGCUUUCAAAGCUAGGGGCAUGUCGUCUGGCCCUGUGGUCAGAUCAGGUGCUGUUGCAGGGGUGUCCCUUCCUGAAACAUCACCCUUACCUGGCAGUCCUUGUGGUUUCACCCUUGCACCCUCCCACGGUGCACCUACUCCCACUUUUGGAGCUGCUAAUCCCUCCGGUGAAACUCCUGUCUUUCAGUUACCACCCCAUACAAUCGGAGUGUCUUAUUCUGGCUUCAGUAUGCUUCAGGCAGCUCAGGUGGCUCCAGAAACUGGAAUAGUACAACAUGUUCCUGUGGGAGGGAGUCCACAAAUGGGACUUCACAUGAACCCCCCCUGUGGAGGAGUGGGUAUGGUGCAAACUGGACUUGUUGGGAAUCCUUUGGCAGACCCCCUUUUGUUUGGAAAAGGAAUGGGUCAGUCCAGUUACUAUGGAGGGAGGGUGGGCCACUUGGGUGGAAACACUCCGCAGGCCGAGGGUGGGGUCCCAUUGCAGCCGCAGUUGCUGUCAAGCAGCGGGUUGGGUGAGACAGUGAGUAAAAACAACAACCCAUUCCUGUUCUGACAAGUUUCACAUGUUUUAGCCCUCUAACAAUAUAUACUUCUUCAUCAUCAUCAUUAUCAUCAUCACCAUUUACAAGCCAUAAGAUUACAGAUCACAUUAAUGUGUACCUUACAGGUAGCCACUGGUUUUCGCAUUGAAAAGUUGACGUUCAGCAGGUGGUGUGUGUCCAAGGAGGGAGAGUUUCAGAAGGUACAGUAAUUCAGAAUCCCUGUUUGAAACCAGACUAACAUGCAAUAACACUGUAACUUUACUUUUCACAAUAAAGCGCUCUAAAGAUUUCCAGCGGUAGACUGAAAUCAGUGGCUGCCUGGACGGUACGAAACAAUAAACAAUGAUAUACUUUUAUACUUCACGGGCAGCAGUAUGCAUUCAACUUCAAGGGCAAAAAAACAUGCAAAAAAGUCCUCAGCUCCUCAGCUUACACUUGCCUCUCCUUCAGUCCUACAAACCUGCACAGGUUCAACAGCCAUUGAUUCAGUGUAUACAGCAUAAUAUAUAAACAGAACAAUAUGUAUGUGAAACUGCACUUCUUAUUUGAAACAAAUCUAUUGAAUACAUUUUUUUUUCACACGCACAAGUCUGAGAAACAGAAAGCACCUGAGUGUGAGUGUCUGUGUGGAAAUACUGAAGCGUUCCUAUGUGUUUGAAUGUUGUGUUCUGUGACCGGACCUGUAAAACAUUAACAAUUGUUCUGGGAAAUAACGUCACUGUAGGUUUUCAUUCAGUGUGCAUGUGUUUGUACAUGGUGGUGUGUGUGUGUGUGUGUGUGUGUGUGUGUGUGUGUG